CUUUGUUCAGUGAAGGCCUCAUGCAGAUUCUUUUUUUUAGCAGCAACUCAACCCCAUUUCUAUUUGCCUGACACACUCUGAGCACAGCUCACCAGGAGAGAAAGAGAGGAAGUGAAGAGAGAGAGAGAGAGAGGAAUACAGAGGGAACGGGGGAGGAAAAGAGAGAAAGAAACAUGAUGACCCAAGAACAGUGCACUCAUAGGAACAAUGUCCAGAGUUCAGAGAAGCCACAAGUGUACAAAGUGGGAAUAUAUGGCUGGAGGAAACGCUGCCUUUACUUCUUCGUCCUGCUGCUGAUGAUCCUGAUCCUGAUCAACCUGGCACUAACUAUCUGGAUCCUCAAGGUCAUGAACUUCACCAUAGAUGGCAUGGGCAACCUGAGAAUAACAGAGAAGGGCCUGAAACUGGAAGGGGACUCUGAGUUCCUCCAGCCCCUCUACGCCAAAGAAAUCCAUUCCAAACCAGGCCGCCCGCUGUUCCUGCAGUCGUCCAGAAACAUAUCGGUCAAUAUUGUCAACAGCAACAACCAGCUGCUCACACAACUUGUAACAGGAUCCAGUGGAAUUAAAGCGCGAGGCAAGAUGUUUGAAGUCAAAUCCACCUCCGGGAAGCUCCUCUUCUCCGCCGACGAGCAGGAGGUGGUGGUGGGCGCCGAGAGGCUCCGGGUGAUGGGGGCCGAAGGAGCCGUGUUCAGCAAAUCAGUGGAGACGCCACACGUCAGGGCGGAGCCUUUCAAAGAGCUGAGGCUGGAGUCUCCCACUCGCUCCCUAGUGAUGGAGGCUCCUAAAGGCAUCCAGAUCCUGGCUGAGGCAGGAGACAUCCAGGCUAUCUGCAGGAACGAGCUGCGACUGGAGUCCAAAGACGGAGAGAUCUCUUUGGAUGCUCGGAGGAUUCGCCUAAUGCGGCUGCCUGAAGGGAAGGCCUCCACCAGCUCCUCGUCCUCUGGGAACAGGCAGACUGUCUACGAGGUUUGCGUUUGUCCCAACGGAAGGCUCUUCCUGUCCCACGCCGGCACUGGAUCCACCUGCCAGAUCAGCAACAAUGUCUGCCUCUAGGACUGAUACGUACGAAUAUAAGUAAAUACACCGAUAUCCUGAAAGAAAAACAGGCAAAAACAGACCGAUAUACACAUAUUGCCGGCCUCCAGGAUCGAUUAACAGCAAACACUCCAUACAAAGACUGCCUGAGGGAAAUAUCAACAAUCUGUACCUUUACAGACACACAAAUGUACACAUUGCAAUUACACACUCAGACUGAUGUUUAGGCUAAACCGAUAUGUUUAACAGGCCAAUACUGAAAAAUUGGGAUUGAAGCUGCUGACAGCUGGUCUUUUGUGCCAAUAUUUCAAUGCUAAAAGAUAUUUUCUCCCUUAAUUUUCUACGUUUCAGAGUGGAAAACCUUUGAAAUCAGCAUUUAGAGCAUCACGGGACACUAAAACUCUUCACUGUGUGUCAUACACAUC